UCUCUUCAGCUAGUUUCUCACGCAGUGUCGAGAGGAGCAGGAGCCUAACAGAAACGCGCAAUUGGAGUGAUGUAGCUUCGUUCGCCAUCCAUAUAAUACCGUUAUUCAACUUCAGCUGAAUAAAGAAAACACGUUUAGGAAAACAAGACGUGGAAAAACGGGAUAUUUUAAUUCAUAUUACAAAACGACGACUUCUUAAGGACUUAAAGAUGGCCUCCGCUGGACUUGAGAUUUUGGGCUUGGGGCUAUGCGUGAUUGGGACUCUCUUGGAGAUGGUGUCCUGCGGGCUACCCAUGUGGAAAGUGACGGCGUUCAUCGAAGCCAACAUCGUAGUAGCACAGAUCAUCUGGGAUGGGCUGUGGAUGUCGUGUGCAGUGCAGAGCACCGGACAGAUGCAGUGCAAGGUGCACGACUCGAUGCUUGCGCUCGGGCACGACCUGCAGGCUGCCAGGGCUCUCACCGUUAUCUCGGGACUGAUGGGUGUCAUCGGGCUCAUGGUGGUGAUAGCGGGCGCCCAGUGCACCAACUGCAUCCGCGCGGAGAACGUGAAGGCGCGCGUGGUGAACGUCGGGGGGAUCAUCUACAUAGUGGCUGGCAUUUUCGUGCUCGUGCCCCUGUGUUGGAUGGCCAACAACAUCAUCUCGGAUUUCUACAACCCACAGGUGCCCACGGCCAAGAAGCGCGAGAUUGGCGCGGCGCUCUACAUCGGAUGGGCGGCCACGGCGCUCCUGCUUGUCGGCGGUGCCAUACUUUGUUGUUCGUGUCCAUCCUCGGGAAACUCCGGCUACUCGGUCCAGUACGCUCCCACGACGAAACGGGCCACAGCAAACGGGGACUAUGACAAGCGGAAUUAUGUGUGAGCUCCUGCUUUUCACUGUCAGUAUCAACACAACUGAUCCAGUGGAUAGCUUAUUUUUGUCUGUUGUUUUUUGUUGACGCUGUUUCUUUUGUAAGAUGAUAAAAAAAAAGAUUUGCACCUACCUUUUUCUCACUCAGUCAGAACUGAAACAUGAGAAAACACUAUUUUCUAUGCUACUGCACACGGAGAAGUUAAUAAAUGGGCACACCGUCUGCCCACUGUCUCAGAAACAUUUUACGCGUCAUGGUUCACGGAGGAAUAAAGGACUUAAAACAGGAAUUAGUUUAUAGGUACCUUCACUUGCAAGUCCGCCAUUUUAUAUAGAAUAGUUAGUUUUAAAGCCGAUGUGAUUCAAAUGUUUACUUUAAGUGUUUAUUUUCUAUAUUUUCUUGGAUGGCUGGUGGGUUAUAUCGUGUAUCCUAUCGUUUUUAAUUGAUGUGUUUCUCUCAAAGGGCUCACCAGUGAUUUGUUCAAUAAUCUGCCGUCAGUGAUGGAGAUGUUAUAACAGUAGGCUAUACCGCCGUUUUUUUGUUUUUUUUUGGUAAUUAACGAACCCAAACCAAAGUGGUCCAGCCGAGUUGAUAGGCCAACUUCCCCUUUGAAAGAAAAGUGUAUAGUCAAUUGAUACGCAUGACCUGUUAACACCACAGAGCCGAAGUUGUUAUUGUUCAACUGCUGAUGAGCGCAGCUGCCGGGCUGGAUCACUCUCAGAAAAGGCAAACUUUUUACCAUUGCCUCUCAGUUCAUUCGGGGAUUUCUUCCUUUUUUGCCAUCCCAAAGCCUUUAUUUUUUUAACUCUUUAAGAGUGUUUAUGCUUACUGUGAUGCUUUGAAAUGAUCUCUGAAUAAAAAAAUGUAGGCUAUUAUGAAGAUA